AUGGACAAUGCUAAGAACAUGUCUGUCCUGCUGAAAGCAGUUCAUUUCAAAGAUAUAGCAUUGGUGUGUGCCACAGAGCAUGGAUUGAAGGUGACUGUAGAUGAUUCCAAAUGUGUGGUGGCCAAUGCUUACAUUCAGGCUGAUCUCUUUAGGCAUUAUUCACUGAAGGAAGACGUCGUUUUCAGCAUCAAUCUCAAAAUUUUACUGGAAUGCUUGAACAUAUUUGGUAGCUCCUCCAUGUCUUCAACUUCAUCUGACGGGACGACCGCUUUCGAAUUAUGCUAUGCUGGGGAGGGCCACCCUUUGGUACUUCUGCUUGAAGAAGGUGGUGUGUUAACAAAUUGCAGCUUAAAAACAUUGGAACUAAAUGACACCUUGAAUUAUGAUUUUGAUGGUUCAAGUGUUGUCAACAAAAUUAUCAUUAGAUCAGAAUGUUUGAAGGAAGUCUUUUUUGAUUUGGACACAUCAAGUGACGUACUGGAGAUAACGAUGUCCACGGAUAAACCACACUUCAGGCUGACCACGUAUGGUAACACUGGUACAUACCAUUGGGAUUAUCCGAAAGAUUCAGACAUGAUAGAAGAAUUUUCAGUAAUUCAGCACCAAGUAAUUAGAUAUAAGAUGAGUUUGAUAAGGCCGUUUUCAAAGGCCUUACUGGUAUCAACUCGGACAUCCUUAAGAACUGAUGACAAGGGGUUCCUGUCCAUGCAGUUUAUGAUCAAGUUAGAUGACACACAAACAAGUUUCGCAGAAUAUUUUUGUGCACCUGACGUUGAGGAAUCAUCUGAGUAA